AUGAGGAGGAUAAGGUUUGCUUUCAAGGAGAAGCAAAAGAGAGAGGCUGCUGAGUUGAAGGCUUUGGCAGAGAAGGCUCGGGGGAAGGGUCCUUUGGCCACCGGAGGUAUCAAAAAGUCUGGGAAGAAAUAGAUCUGGUUCAUGGGAGAAGGCAUCACGUUCGCAAUAUGGACGGAUAGGUGCUUCCAAUUUACGAUACAACGCCGUGCUUUUCUUACCUAGGCGUACAAAUUCCUAGUUAUAUCCUUUAGUGAUCAAUGAAUGCCUUUUUUUUUUCA